AUGAAUUUCUGUCUUCCAACGGUAGAUGGUUUUCUUAUACAGCAGCAUCAGGCUCUGGGGCGUCCCUCAGGGCAGGGUGUAGCGUCGGAGGGAGCGCACGAUGUUGCAAUACCUGCUGCUGCAGCAGGAGGGCCUUCGGCUUCUCCGGCCCCGGCCCCCCCAAACAGCUUGAAGAGCCUGCUGCACCAAAUAGCCGGCGUUGCUGCUGCUGCGCAACGGAUCCCUGUGGGUGAUGACUACACCAUUAGGACCUCCACCAGCAGCAGCGCGAGGCGGGCCACAGAGGGAGCAGCUGCAGACACCCUCCGAAUCCUCCUGGAGCUUGCUGUUGGAUGCUACGGGGGUGGAUCAGGAUCAUUCAGUUCUCUGAGGAAGGCCGAGGCCCUUCAUCGUUCUCUUGCUGCUUGCACAGGGCCCUCCGGUAGCGCCCCUAACGGCAGCAGCAUCUGCAACAGCGCGCUGCUGCAGCAAGACGGGCUGCAGAUUCAUGAGGGAGUCGGGACGGGGGUCCAGGGGCUUCUGGAUGAGCUACUUGAAGCAGUCGACGUCUCCUUGGAGGCGCACCGGCGCAACCCCCAAAAGAAGAUACGCACGCGUUUGCCCCAGGAGCAGCAGCAGGAGCAGCAAGAGCAGCAGAAGAAGGAAAAGCAGGAGCAGCAGCAUGAUGGGGACACAGUACCAGCUGACGGCACUGCCUCGCCGCAUUCUUCUAGACGUGCUGUGCCCUUGCCAGGUUUUCUGGCUGUGCUAGAGGGCCGUCCUCAGAGCAACUGGGCGUUCCUGAUAAACAACAACAGCCGACGCUUCGUCCCUCGGCUUCAGCAGAAGCCCCACAAGAAAUACCCUUUGCCGGCAGCUGCUAUCGAGGCUGAACAGCGGCUAGCCCUCAGGCUUGAGAAGCGUAGGGACCUUUUCGAGGAUGCAGUGUCGACUGCCUUGGCUCUGGAGACAGCAACAGGCCAGCAGCGGCAGCUGCUGUUGCAGCAGCUGCAGCAGCAGGAACAAAAUAUGCAGAAGCUGCAGCAGGAAGAAGAUGAUGCCCAGAAAUCGGAGAGUGCGGAGCCCCUCCCUCACCCUUAUGAGGGGGAAUUGAAGGCACUGCAGUGGCUGCUGCAGGGAGACCAGCAGCAACCAGAUGUGUACUCGGAUUUUUUCGCCUUGAAAGAGCCUAGAAUGCCUCAGCCUGUUGAGGAGACGCCUCUUGUUUUCGUGGAGACGCCGCAGCAGCUCCGGGAGAUGCUGGACGAACUCUGCAGCGGACGUCACAAGGUCGUGGCCAUUGACACGGAGCACCACUCGUAUGAAAGCUACAAAGGCUUCGUGUGUCUGCUGCAGCUGUCCACCUGCAGCAGCGCGGGGGCGGCCAAGGACUUCAUCGUGGACCCGUUUUCGUUGUUUACUUACCUUCCAGCUUUAAACGAAUUGACGGCGAACCCCAAGAUCCUCAAGGUUCUUCACGGUUCAGCCAGCGACGUCUUGUGGCUUCAGCGUGAUUUCUCUGUUUACCUCGUUAAUGUCUUCGAUACGGCUGUGGCAGCUCGGACCUUGGCUGUUCCGGGUGGUGCCUCUCUGGCGAACCUGCUCAGCUUCUACGUGAAGAAACAAAAGGACACGAAGAUGCAGCUAGCAGACUGGAGAGUCAGAACGGGGAUGUAUAACUUGGGUUGCACAACGCCGGAGGAUCUGGGGGACCCCACAGCUUCAGGACGAGCGGCAAUCCUAGGAGUGCUGGAGCGCAGCAGAGACAUUUGCCUUUCCCUGUACACGGAGGGGCCGUUUGAUGAGGAGAAGGAGGCAACACAACUCCUAAAGAGAAACAGCACCGCCCUCGCCCCUCUUUCUUUUGCCGUUCUGGGAGCUUUAGAGAAAGCAGUUGCGUCCCCUACUCCUACAGCAGGCCCGGACCAGGAUCAACGACCAGGAGAGCAGCAGCCGCAGCAACAUCAGCAACAACAGCCAGAGUCGAUGCCUGAGGACACGGAUGAUCUGUUGCCGUCUGCUGCAGUCCUAAGAGAGGCUGUAGCUGCACAGCAGCAGCAGCUGCUUGCCUCAGCGGAUGUUCCGAUCUCCCCCUCACAGGAGCCAAACGAAGGGAUUGGCAUGCAGAGCCGGCCUGGCGGCUAUGAUAGCACGAACAGUAGCAGUAUUAGUAAUAGUAGUAGUAGUAGUAGUAGUAGUCGCAGCGACAGUAGCAAGUGGCCGGAGCAGCACGACUGGUCUGUGCAGUUAGGGGGCAUCUUCUCCAUGGGUGUGAAGGGCUCCAAGCCGCCGGUCAUAGUUCAGGUUUCUUCGGCUGUCCUCUCUUGUCGCAUGGAAGGAAUGAUUGCUCACAACACGGCAACGCCUGAUGGUUUGUCUUCUUUUGAAAAUGCCCAAAACCCCUCACACACAGCACGGCAAGUUGCUCGCUGGGUGUACGGGCAGCUGCAACGGAUGGAGCAGGGCAGACUGCUGCAUGCCCGUACCAGCAAGCAACACAACCGGAUGGCAACGCCAGCAAAAGAGGAGGAGCAGCAGCAACAUCUUGACAGCACAGUCAGUUUGAUGCUCCCCGCCCACCCCCCUCCACCGCCGGACCCAGAAACCGUUGCAGCAGCGGUCGCAGCGCCAAUGACUUGUGGUUCUGCUGCAGCCGCAUCGACGGAAGCAGCAGCGGCAUCAGAAACGCUACCAGACCCUUCUGCCAAGGAUGUCAUUGAAGGAAACCGAGGCAGAAAGAGGGCGUCCCCUGCGACGACGGAGACCCCGCUGGGCCUUAUUCCUGUGGCUCAGCAGACGUGGAAGAGGCGAAGGAAACAGCGCAAGCGCGCGGCAGCUGCAGAAGCAGCGCCUGCGCGAGUAGCGGAAAUGGGUGGCAGUACGCUUGGCUUGUCGGGCACUACAACUGGUGGUGCAGUGCCUUAG